GAGCUCCAGAACAAUCAGUUCGACCUGACAUUUCUGAGAAGUGAGUCAAACGGGUUCUAUUUACUCAGCGAACGCUGCAGGUCAAGUUUCAAAGGGUCCCUCUCUUCUCCGGCCUGCAUGAAACACAACAAAUAUUGACCCCGAGUGGGAGUUGAUCAGUUUGGUGGAUUUUAACCUUCGGUGUUCAGCCCGCCCGUGUCUCCUCCGGCAGAAGUCGCUCCCUCUGCCAGUGCUGUUUAUUGUUAUUUAUGUGUGUGUUUGAGGCGUUUUGUGCGUGGAAACAUGAGGCGUCCGCUGCUGCUUCUUCUGGGGCUUCUGCUCCUCCAACAGGGCCGCUGCUUUGAGUUCGUGAUCGACGGAGAAUGGGAGGACGAGAUGUCAGACAAACGGGAUCAUCGGGAGAGACACAAGAGAGCCGUGUUGACCAGCGAGGAGCAGGAAGACUUUGAGGCCGUCCGCGGCGAUGACAUCACCGUCAAGAGCUACAAGGUGGAGAGCCGCAUCACGUCACGUUUCGCCCACACCACCGUCAGGAGCUCGGUGGUCAACUCGGGCUCCAAAGCCCAGAGCAUCGCCUUCAACGUGCAGAUCCCCAAGCGGGCUUUCAUCACCAACUUCACCAUGAAUGUGAACGGGAUCAUCUUCGUGGGCUCGGUGAAGGAGAAGACCGUGGCCAGGAACCUAUACACACAGGCCCGAGCCAGAGGCAAGGCGGCGGGCAUCGUCAGGGCGAACUCCCAGGACAUGGAGACGUUUAAGACGGAGGUCUUCGUGCCACCGGGCAGCCACAUCGAGUUCGAGCUGCACUACCAGGAGAUGAUGCAGAGGAAGCUGGGCUCCUACGAGCACUGGCUCCACCUGCAGCCCGGCCGGCUGGUGCCACAGUUCCAGGUGGACGUGUACAUCUUCGAGCCGAAGGGGAUCUCCUCGGUGCAGGCGGUCAACUCGCUCGGGGAGCAGUUUGCGCAUCUGAUGAAAGUGACCUCGUCCAAAGACAAGGCUCACGUCGCCUUCAAGCCGAACCUGCAACAGCAGAGGAAGUGUGAGAACUGCACGGACAGCGCCAUCGACGGCGUCCUGUCGGUCAAGUACGACGUGGCGAGAGACAGCAACGCUGGGGAGCUGCAGGUGUCAGACGGCCACUUCGUCCACUUCUUCGCUCCCUCCAACCUGUCCCCCCUCCCCAAAAACAUUGUGUUCGUCAUCGACGUCAGUGGAUCCAUGUGGGGGGUCAAGAUGAAGCAGACGGUGGAGGCCAUGCACGCCAUCCUGGAAGACCUGACCAUGGACGAUUACUUCAGCAUCAUCGACUUCAACCACAACGUGCGCUGCUGGAGCGAGGACCUGGUGACCGGCUCCUCCAUCCAAAUCGAAGACGCCAAGCAGUACAUCCAGAACAUCAAACCCAACGGAGGUACCAACAUCAACGAGGCGCUGAUGAAAGCGGCCCAUAUGCUGGUGAAGGGGACCACGCAGGGGCUCAUCAACGCUCGAUCCGUCUCCAUGGUCAUCCUGGUUUCCGACGGAGACCCCACUGUGGGUGAGAUCAAGCUGAGCACCAUCCAGAAGAACGUGAAGCGGGUGAUGAAGGAGGACUUCUCUCUCUUCUCGCUGGGCAUCGGCUUCGACGUGGACUACGACUUCCUGGAGCGCAUCGCCACGGAGAACCGGGGCAUGGCUCAGAGGAUCUACGCCAACCACGACGCCGCGGAGCAGCUGCGGGCCUUCUACAGCCAGGUCUCCUCGCCCCUGCUGAGGAGGAUCUCCGUCCUCUUCCCGGAGGACUCGGUGUCCGACGUCACCCAGAACACCUUCGACAAGUACUUCCAGGGCUCGGAGCUGGUGGUGGCCGGGAAGGUGCUGCCGUCCGAGAGCGGCACCCUGACCAGCUUCACCACCGCGGCCGCCGCUCGUCUGGACAUCACCCUGGAGACGGAGGGGGACGUGGCGGCGCUGGACACGGAGAUGGCCAAGCAGCAGCACUCCUUCCCGUGCUUCGCCAGACAGAUGUGGGCCUACAUCACCGUCAAACAGCUGAUCUCCGAAAGGUCUCUGGCUCCCUCGGCCGCCAAGAAGAGGAGGAUCACCCAGAGGAUCAUGACGCUGGCCGUGGAGCAUCAGUUUGUCACGCCGCUCACCGCCCUGCUGGUGGAGAGCGAGGACGGAACGGAGAGGAUGCUCGCCGACUCGCCGAGGGACCCCAAGCACGGCUGCUGCUCAGUGACCUUCGGCGGAGGCCCGGCGCCCCCCCCUGCGGAAACUUCUUUGGUUUACGACGCUCCCGAAUGGGUCCAGAUAUCCACCCCGCCCCCCCCCCACGAGGCUGGAAAGGGCCCCGAGGAUUGGACCCUGCCUCCAAAGAUAAACCUAGUGGAUAACGACCCUCACUUCAUCAUCCACCUGCUCAGAGGAAACAUGGACGUGUGCUUCAACAUCGACUCCACACCUGGACACAUUCUCAACCUGGUGUCUGACAGCGGAACAGGCCUGGUGGUGAACGGCCUGCUGGUCGGCUCCAAGCAGCCGCACAAGAGCAAGCUGAGCACCUACUUCGGCGCCAUCUCGGUGUACUACCAGCCCGACGGGGUCGCCGUGACCGUCGCCACCGACCGCGUCGACCUCACCGACGGCCGGAGCAACCACUCCUUCACCUGGGGCGCCACGGCGGACAUCACGCAGGACGGGGUGAGGGUCUCCAUCGUGAAGAACUCCCACGUCUCCGUCGUGGUGAACGACGACAUCCGGGUGAUGGUGCUGCUCCACCGCGCGUGGAAGAAGAACCCCGUCAGCGUGGACUUCCUGGGCGUCUACAUCCCCAACGACAACCGGUACUCUCCACUGGUCCACGGGCUCAUAGGGCAGUUUUCCAGAGAGCCUGAGGUGAGCGUGUACGACGUGCACGAGGGAGACGACCCUCUGAAGAAGGAGGCCACCAUGGAAGUGAAGGGCAACAAGCUGCAGGUCACCAGGGGUUGGCAGAAGGACUACAGGCGCGAUAAGAAACGCGGCUCCAGCGUCUUCUGCUGGUUCGUCCACAACAGCGGGAAGGGCUUCAUCGACGGCCACUACACCGACUACAUCGUCCCGAACCUCAGCGGCUUCCUGCGGACGCUCUGAGACGCGUUCAAACACAGGAGAACGAUGGGAACAAGUGUUUCUGUGCAUUCCAUUUUCCAAAAGAACAUUUCUGUUGAAUUUAUUUGGAAGAAAAUGUACAAUCUGCAAUGUUAAGAUCAACUUGAAUACUGAUACAAAAUAAAAAAAAGA